ACCUCUCCUUUGGAUCGGUGCGAGAACUCCUCAGUCGCCAUGGCAGGUAGUGCAAGCCGAUUUGUGUAACCUAGUAACAGCACUACGGAGUCCAGGAGCGCUAGUCUGAUGCUUCGUCAAGGACACAAAGUGACCCUGGAAUCUCACAGGAAAAGCCUAUGAAACCUUAUGCACUAGUGCUUCCAAGAAAUAGACAGGCACUAUGGCUCACUUUGGUCUGCUCCUCGACAUUGACGGGGUCAUCGUCCGAGGCCGGAAAGUGAUCUCGCACGCCGUCAAGGCAUUCCAGAAACUGGUGGACACCAAAGGCAGAUUCCGAGUGCCAACCAUAUUCGUUACAAAUGCCGGCAACUCUCGGCGACAAGACAAAGCCGAUCAACUUUCAAAAUGGCUUGGAGUCCAUAUCACAGAACAGCAGGUGGUGAUGUCUCACAGUCCGCUGCGCAUGUUUCAGCAGUUUCACGACAAGCACUGCUUGAUCUCUGGACAAGGUCCCAUUGUGGACAUUGCACAUGGGCUAGGUUUUACAAAGGUCUCUACGAUCGAUCAUUUGCGAUCUCAUUUUCCACUCUUGGACGCUGUUGACCACAAACGAAGACAAACCGAGCCUUCACCCUAUGAACGAUACUUUCCAAGGGUUGAAGCCGUGGUGUUGUUUGGUGAGCCAGUGAGGUGGGAGACAAGCCUGCAGCUGAUAAUAGAUGUGCUCAUGACAAACGGCCUUCCAUGCCAGGCUGCUCCUUCCAUUCCUUACCCCCACCUGCCCGUCUUGGCUUGCAACAUGGACCUGCAAUGGAUGGCUGAGGCAUGUCUUCCAAGGUUUGGUCAUGGUGCCUUUCUAGUCUGUUUGGAGAAUUUGUACAAGAAGGUAACUGGUAGGGACAUGAUCUACACAGCACUCAUUGGAAAGCCUAGCGAGAUAACAUACCUGCACGCCGAGUCCUGUGUUCAGGAAGAAGCCCAUAGACUUGGCAUUACUCACCCAGUGCGACGCCUGUUUGCCAUUGGCGACAACAUAAACACCGACAUUUAUGGUGCCAACUUGUACAACCGCUACCUGGAGCGCCGGCGAAAAGAUGACUUUCCAAAGGCUAUUCUGGCAGCUGGAUCCAAUUCGGCUCAUCCAGGCUCGAACUCCACCAUGUCCAAGGACUCCCAGUCCACUGUUGGGAUGAUGAGCAACUGUGGAGCCGUGAGCUGCACAUCUGUACUGGUGCACACAGGCGUGUACAACGAGGACUUGCACGACGACACAUGCGAGCACACGCCACGCGACUUCUUGCCGGUAGAAGUUGGCCUCAAGGAGCCUGUCUACCAGGUCGACAACAUCUACUCUGCCAUAGAGCUAAUCUUUGAACAGGAGGGCUUUUCUUGAUGACCGUAUGGAAACCUAUGACUUGUAAUGUGGAUUUCCCUGUGCACGCCUUCACUAUUUCUUGAGGAUCUUUUUUUUUCUGGGCCGUUUCUUUUUUUUUUUCUAGCUGUCAGUAGUGUCUUCAUUGACUUCCUGUUUUGCUUUGUAUAGACGUUUUAACACCUGAACUAUAUUUGCCCUUUAGCCACCCAUAUUGGUGCUGCAAUAUAAGUACCACAAAAAAAAAAGAUAUCUAAUUUAGUUGUGCAUAUUAUUUUACUGAUGCACCCUUUUAGGACACAUAGUAGAUGUUUGAGAGUAUGUGUGCAAAUGUUUAUUCAGAUCUUAAGCAUAAUGAAGACACAUAUUUUUUCCUUCUUUUCAAAGUUUUGCUACUUUUCCAUUGGUAGCGUCCCCCUUGCUUGCUUUAUGGAAGCUUUUUUAAAUGUAUGCUCUAUUUUACACUACAAUGCGACAUUAGGGACGCUUUUUA